CCAGCUUCGCUAUCGAGUAUUCCAUAGUUUUCCAUUCUCUCAUUAAAUAAGUACUUUUCGUGUUCUCUCUGGUGCAUUGAUUGCAAAAUGGCUACUCACAACAAGGUGAUAGCCUUUGCAUUGUUGGUUCUGCUCUUUGUGGAUCUUGCUUUUGCUGCAAGAACCGGAAAGGUCGGAGUUGACAAUGGAGGUGGUGGAGGUGGAGGUGGUGGAGGAGGAGGUGGUGGUGGUGGAGGAUCCUCAGGGUCGGGUUCGGGCUAUGGGUCUGGUUCUGGCUCAGGGUACGGCUCCGGCAGCGGAAUAGGGAAAGGAGGAGGCGGUGGUGGUGGUGAAGGAGGCGGUGGAGGUGGAGGUUCUGGAGGAGGUAAUGGUGCCGGAAGCGGUUCGGGUUAUGGUAGUGGCAGUGGAUCAGGAUAUGGAAGUGGCGGCGGGAAAGGAGGAGGUGGCGGUGGCGGUGGCGGUCAAGGAGGCGGUGGAGGUGGAGGGUCUGGAGGUGGUAAUGGUGAAGGAAGUGGUUCAGGUUAUGGAAGUGGCAGUGGCUCGGGAUAUGGAAGUGGCGGUGGCAAGGGAGGAGGUGGUGGUGGUGGCGGAGGUGGAGGCGGCGGCGGCGGUGGUGGUGGAGGGAAUGGGUCUGGAUAUGGCUCCGGCAGUGGAUCCGGUUCCGGGUCUGGCUAUGGAUCAGGAUCCGGUGGUAAGCCGUAAAGAAACACCGCUGAUAUAUAUAUGCAACUCUGCAUGCAUGCUGCCUUCACAAGAUAGCAGACGCUUUUCAAUCAUAUAAUAUAUUCCAAAUUAAGUCCAAACAAUAAAAAUGCAUGCAGGACUUACGUACGUGUGAUUUUUGCUUGUGUUGUUGUACCACUAUGUUUUAUUAUACUCUACUUCAUAAUGAAAAUAAAGUGCUCGUUUCUACAUUUUAACUACAUAUAUAUGCUACGUACGAACCCAU